CUCCGAUAAGUUGACACUCCCUCAACACAACAAACUCAAGUUCGCCGCAAACCCCGAAACCCGCCCCCCCCUAAGAACUCGGAACUCGAAACCAGCCCCGCUCUUUGCAGCAAAUCACUUUCACCCGGGUGCAGCCCACUAGGUCACCUUCGUGAUGCCUCUCAAAUUCUCCACAGAAAGCCCAGAAGAUGUGGCUGAAAACUUGAGUUUAGCCUCCGUAAAGCCAGUCUACCUUGUUAUCUACGCAUCAGCCGUCGAGGGAAGGAUGUGGUGUAGCGAUUGUCGGGAUGCCGAGUCAUUUGUCAAUGCCAAGUUCGGGGACUCGGGAAAGACUGCUACGGCCGUUUACGCAGGAUUGAAACCAGAAUGGAAGAGUCCUGAUAAUGUUUGGAAACAGGAACCUUUCUUGGUGACUGCUUUGCCAACAAUUAUCAAGGUUAAAGCUGACGGAAAGUGGGAGAGGCUGGUUGAAGAUGAUGUAUAUGACCAGGCAAGGUUGGAUGCAUUUGUGAGUGGGUAGGAGAGGACCCAACUUGCAAUGUUGAGAGGAUCAGCUUGGUUCAAAUUUUAGAGAACCAAAAGUUAAGCAAGGGGCAAUGGUUAAGAUGUUUUCAAAGGGUUGUGUGCUCAGGCUCACAGGAAUUGGAAAGUGCAUUUCUAGUGGCAGUUCAACAUUGAGCGGUCAGGGGAUGUGCCAUGAAGAAGUAGAUCAAGAGAAAAGCUAAUUGAAUGCUAGUCCGAAUUUUGUUGUACUGCGAGGAUGUCUCCAAUUCUCUCGAAAUGAGUUGUAUUCCCAGUUCCUUGGAUGUCGUUCACCGCUUUUAAUACAUUAAGAGACUGUCC